UACCGCUGUGACGAAGUCAGCCUGAGUGUCCACUGUGGCCCUUCCCGUUGGCGCCGUGCGCUCUAGACUUUUCUAUUCGCAGUCUAACUUCCUGCGUGAGCUUGAAGGAUCGGGACGCGGCUGUUGGACCAAAACAAGGCUGGAGGUGAAUGUUCGCGUUCUAAUUUACAAUUUUAAGAACUUUUCUGUGUGUGUUCCUUCGUUUGGAAGUGAUUCUAAUCGACGACUUCGUUUUGUCAAAAUGUCAGUGUCACUAAAAACUCUUAGUUUGAUGGAUGCAAAUAAGCUAAGCCGCUGGCUCAUAGCUAGCUAACCCAGCCACCUUCAGCUAACGCUAGCAUUAGCAUGUAGGUUUUGACCGAGAAACCUCGUUACUUUUUAAAAACCCACGGAAACGUCAGGUUUUCUGAAGUUUGGAGUAAAACUGUCUGCAUGCAAUGUUGGGGAACUGUAACGGAUAUCCUGGUCGAAUGGAGACCGUGGAAGCUGCAGACGGCCGCGAAAACGCUUCUUCUUCUGCCAGAAAGAGCGGACAAACGUCGUUGCUGGACAGCGGAGAAGACUUCGAGGUUGUGGAUGAAGAGGACUUUGAUGAGGAGCCUCCUCCUUUAGAAGAUGCGGGAGGUGGGAUGGAGAAAAGUUCAGAUGAGACGGCGAAGAGGUCUCCACAUGAAGAACCAGAGGCUCCGGCUCAGCUGGAUGAGUGGUUGGAUGUGUUGGGAAAUGGCCAGCUGAAGAAAAAAGUCACGGCGCCCGGGAAGGGACGAGCCAGUCGGCCUCAGAAGGGUCAGAACGUACGGAUCCACCUUAAAGCUAGCCUGAUCGAUGGGACUCUGGUGGAGGAGCAACCUAACUUCUCCUUCACUUUGGGAGAUUGUGAUGUUAUCCAGGCUCUGGAUCUGACGGUCCAGCUUAUGGAAAUGGGAGAAAAGGCUCUGAUCCAGUCAGAUCCUAAAUAUGCAUAUGGAGACAGAGGAAGUCUUGAACCUCGUGUUCCUCCAAACGCUCAGCUGUCCUUGGAAGUGGAACUCCUGGAGGCCACUGAUGCCCCCGAUGUGGAGCUGCUGCCCCCCGCAGAAAAGAUUGCCCUCGCCAGUCGUAAACGAGAGAGGGGCAACGUCCAUUACCAGCGUGGAGACUAUGCGUUUGCAGUCAACUCCUACAGCAUCGCCCUGCAGAUAGCAGAGUCCAGUUCCAAAGUGGACAUCCGGCCGGAGGAGGAGGACGAGCUGCUGGAUGUGAGAGUGAAGUGUCUGAACAACAUGGCCGCCUCUCAGCUGAAGCUGGACCAUUACGAUGCUGCUCUGAAGUCUUGCGUUUCAGCUCUUGAGCAUCAGCCAGACAACAUAAAGGCACUUUUUCGCAUGGGCAAGGUUCUCUCUUUGAAAGGUGAAUACACAGAAGCUAUUCAGACCCUGAGGAAAGCACUGAAGCUGGAUCCCAGCAACAAGACCAUCCAUGCAGAGCUCUCCAAACUGGUGAAGAAACACUCGGAGCAGAGAGGAGCAGAGCAGGCCAUGUACAAGAAGAUGCUGGGAAACCCCUCCUCCCCCGGCUCCGUGCCGAAGCCUCAGGCCAAGUCUUCAUGGGGUCUCAGCUGGAAGUGGCUCUUUGGCGCCACCGCUGUAGCCAUCGGCGGCGUGGCGUUGUCUGUCGUCAUAGCGGCCAGAAACUGAGCUCCCUCAGUGGACAGAGAGUGACGACUCCGAGCUACGAGGGAGAAGGAAACGGAUGGAGCUUCUGGUCGGAGAGGAUGGCGUUUCAGCCAAAUCAGUCGCUUUUCUUCGCUAUGUCCGAGAACUCUGCAUGAUUUCAAACGACUUGCGGUAAUUACAGAUGUUGGAAUAUUUGCAGCUGUAGUUUUGGAGGUUUGUGGACACCUGAGAGACGAUGUUCCUGCGUUGCCAUGGUUUCUCUGCUCCUGAAGGUUAGCAAUUCGCACUGCAGGAGCUGUUCAAAAAAUACCAAAGCAGCAGCUGUGAUGUUUGAUGUUCCUUAGCUUCUAAAACUAUUUAUGUGAGAGAGGACGGUGUAUUUAUUCUGUGAAAUGAUUCCCAUUGGAGGGCCAGGGUCAUGUGACCUCUGAACUCACCAUCUCUGCCCCUUUUCUACCUAAGCUAGACCUGCAUGCACUGGUGACCAAAACAAACAUACCCAUUCACAACAGCAGGACUGCUGUGCUCAGGUACCGGAAAUGGAACUCGGUAACCACUUAUGACCUGUGUUUAGCUGUGGAGUAGAGUCCAUCACCUCGGGGGGUUUGAUUCUGAUGAGACCAAAUGUUGAAAGUAGAAAUGAAUGUUAAAUUUCAAGUCUGUGUCCAUAUUUUUCUGGAAAUAAAUCAAAUGUUUUCUGUUAUUCUCUGAUCUUUGAAAAUUGUAGUCAUGAUUUUAAAAUGCAAAUAAACAAAAAUAAAGGUUUGAUUAAAAAAUCCUGGCUAACUUAGAAGAAAACAGAACCGACAUCAACAACCAGAACUUCCGUCUGCUCUGCUGGAUUCUUCUCUGUGAGGUCUGGGUUUAAGGACAGAUGUUGGACCAGAACACAUUCCCAGCUCAUCUUUAAAACAAGGAGUACAGUCUAUCCAUGCAAGGAACUACUAAAUGUACGUCUUGGUUUUCAAGAAAAUAAAUUCUUUCUGCAAU